AUGAGUAAAUCCGGAAAAAGGAGCAAGAAUUCCACUUCUUCUCCGACUCCAAAGGCUCAGCAAGUUGAUGAGAAGAUCAACACAGACUCAUUAGAAGUUUAUCAACUCUACUACCGAUCUCCUAGACGAGAGGUAGAUGCUCAUGUAGCGCUAUUUAUUGCAUUGGCGCGAAACGGGCGCAUCCUGAAAGGGAACAUUUUCGACGUGCAAGGACCAGAUCCGAAGGGCCGGCAAAGAAUGUCAUACAAACAUGUCGUGGUAAGAUCAAAAACCCCAGAGAAUUCCUCUUCUUUCAUGCACAUGAACAAGCUAGGACACAUCAGAGAGCAAGACAUUCCACAGUUUGAGGCCGUAUGCAGAAGCGUUACGCCGCCAAACAUGCCAUCAACAUACAGGGCAGAACGGCCCGAUUGCGCCGACUGGAUAGACAACGUUCUGUUUCGACUGUCUCGAGCUAGACUUGUAAGCUUUCUGCCCGAUGCGGAAAUUCCGAGCAAUGAGGUACCAAUGGAAGUUGCGGACGGUGUAGACUCGUGA